GUCCGGUCCUGCGGCCAUGCCCGAGUGCCCGGAGCUGCACCUGGCCGGGCGCUACAUCAACGAGGCGUGCGGCGCGCUGGUGUUCUCGGGCGGCGUGGAGCGCUCGGCGGUGGGCAGGGGCCCGGAGGUGCCGUUCAGCAGCGAGGCUUACCGCAUCUCUGCCACCGCCCGGGGCAAGGAGCUGCGCCUGACGCUGACCCCGCUGGGCUCCGCCGGUGCCCCCCAGGAGCUGGUUUUCCGCUUCGGCAUGUCGGGCUCGUUCCGGCUGUGCCCCGCCGCCCAGCUCCCGCGCCAUGCUCACCUCCGGUUCCGCACCCGCGACAGCCCCCCGCGGGUCCUCUGCUUCAUCGAUGCUCGCCGCUUCGGGUCGUGGCGCCUGGGGGACGCCUGGCAGGAGGGCCGCGGGCCCUGCGUCCUCUCCGAGUACCAGGCCUUCAGGGAGAACGUGCUGAAGAACCUGGAGGACAAAGCUUUUGACAAGCCCAUCUGUGAGGCCCUCUUAAACCAGAAGUUUUUCAAUGGAAUUGGGAAUUAUCUCCGUGCUGAGAUCCUGUACAGGUAAGAUGGGGGGAGAGGCUUCGGCAGCAGGAGUUUGGCAGAGUUUUAGUGGUGGCUUCUCACCUGGUAGAGAGGGGCAAGUGCCAGAACUGAGGGCUGAGGU